GAUUUAGCCUCCGAGCGGCCAAAUGGCAGAGGCGCCAGCACACGACGCAAAACCACCACGGCGCUGGAGUCCUUCAAGCGGAUCGGCAUCCCCGUCCUGGCAGCGGUGCUCAGCCUCGCCUGCCUGGCUAUGGUCGGCUUCCUGGUCAAGGUGUACCUGGACUACCACUACUUCUUCUGCAAGCAGCCCCUGAAGCUGGUGCCGCUGCAGCAGGUGUGUGACGGGCAGAUGGACUGUCUGCAGGGCGAGGACGAGGCCACCUGUCCCCAGUGGGUCCCUGAGGGGCCACCAGCUGGGGCCCGCGUUUCCAAAGACAGAUCCAUCCUGCAGGUGCUUAACAGAAACACCGGAGCCUGGUCCUGCAUCUGCCACGACCACUUCAACCUGGUGCUUGCGAAAGCAGCCUGCGAGCAAAUGGGCUACAGGAGCAUCCCCACUUUCCGGGCGGCAGAGGUGGGUGCAGGGCAGCCCCUGCCUCCCCGCGAGGUCGGCCUGAGCAACGGCAGCCUCCGGCUGCCCGAACCGGGCAGGAAAUGCCUCUCUGGAUCGGUUGUCUCUCUCUUUUGUUCCAACUGCGGGGAGAGCGUACGGACUCCACGCGUGCUGGGCGGCAGUCCGGCCGCCAUCGAGGCUUGGCCGUGGCAGGUCAGCCUGCAGUACCGCAAGGAGCACAUCUGCGGAGGCAGCAUCAUCGACCCCAGCUGGGUCCUGACGGCAGCGCACUGCUUCAAGAACAACCCCAUCGUUCAGAGCUGGCGCGUGAAGGCCGGCUCCGACCUCCUCUCGGGCACCGCCACCCUCGCUGUGGAGAAGGUUUUCCUGGCCGAGGUGAUGCCCGCGUCUUCCAAGGACAAUGACAUUGCCCUGGUGAAGCUGCGGUCUCCCCUGCGUGUCUCAGGCAAACUGUCAGAGACCCUGCAGCAGGCGGAGGUGAAACUCAUAGACAAGGAGAGCUGCAACCUGGCCGCCUACCACGGGGAG